CGCCCCAGUCUCGCAACCCUCAUUCCCGAGCCUCGCCCGCCGCGGCCGCACCUGGUCCGAGUCCUCGUUCUCGCUGCUGUAGCAGCACCCCAUGGCCGGGGUCGGGCCGGGCGCUCAGGCCGAGCCGAGGAGGGACGGCGUCCGUCGGGAGCCCUUCCGGUCACAUGACCCGUGGCUACAGCCAGCAGGCAGCCACCCUCCUCCUCGCCUAUCCCUUCCCAGAGCCGCGCCGCGGCCGCCGCCACCCCGGCUUCCGGCCCCGCCUCCACCGCGUGAUCAUCGCCAACCAAUGGGAAGGCUCGCUUCGCUUGACAAGACUCGAGGCACAUGAUGCGAGAAAGGGAGGGGCGGAUCACAUGACUUCAGCCUCUGCCCAGUUUCAGAGAUCGAGGCUUCGUCCACCGGCUCUGGGGGCUCUUCUCUGCGGCCGGCCCUCGUGCUAUGUGGUUGCGUGGCUGCCAAGCUACCUCUCUGGGCCAGUGAGUGAACUUUUACCAAAAGCUAUUAUGAUUUGGUCUCCUAAAUGCCAUGCGAGGGGCGAUUGGAAUUGACGCCCUACGCUUCUAGAGCACACAAGUCUCUGUGUACAUUGGAUCCAGAUGCCUAGCGUCCAGUUGGGGGACACAUAGAGUGUGGCACCCAAUGGAGUUCUCACCCUGGACUAAGGAUCGACAACUUACUGGAAGAAGAGCCCUUACUCCUACACAAACCAAGGCAGAGCAGAGCUCAAACCUGGAAGAGGUAGAGGCCACCUCACGGUCUUUGCCCUUAGGCACGUCUCUUCAAUCUUGCUUGGUUUUCUUAAGCAACCAUAGUAAUCUAACACACAAUGCUCUUUUCUUAGAACCAUCCUAUAUUUUCCCUUGGACGCUGAACACAGGUCCACGUCUGUCAUUCAAGAUCUUGCAGAGUCUCUUACCUGCCUCCCAUGCCAGCAUCUGAGUCACGGGGGCUGGUGGUGGUGCAGGAAUCGGAGUAAUGCCUCGCCAGCCAGCCGUAAGAAAGAAAAUAUUUGCAGUUUCCUGACAGACCCUCUGGACUUUCCACACGUGGCCUUGUACACUGUCUCCCUACUAGGUGUCUCUUCUGUCUUCAAGCCUCACUACAAACAGUAACCUCCUGAUUGCCAUCUCCAAUCCCAUUAUUUGGGCAUCCUCAGCUCCCUGUGCUUAAUCCCUAUCCCAUACGGAUUUCUUCAUUUAUUGAAUCAAGUAAUUAUCUGUAAUGUGCCACACAAUGUUCUGUCUAGAUAUACAGAGGUUCACAAAAAAGCCUAAAGUGUAUCAAUGGAGUACUGGAUUAUGUUUUAUUCUCCUUUUCUGGAUCAGUCUCUUCCUCCAAACUUGGGAGUUCCUGGAGGAAAGGAACAAGAUCUGAACCCUCUCUGCUACCCACACCCUGGCAUUUGCUUAGACAAAAUGUCAAUUGAAUUUUGAAUUGAGUAAAUUACAGACUCCCAUUACCUUGGGUCACACCAUGUCCCCUGUCCUGGGAGGGGACAUACAAGGAGUUAGAGGAGAGGUCACUGAACCCAGUAGCUCUUAAUACCCCUCAGAUCAAAACCCUGAAAUUCUGUAAAUUCUUACAUGGCUUGAGAAGGGUAAGAGUCAAACCCACCUUGUUCCUGCAGUAACUUGAACUGCAGGUCUCAGGUGACAGCAGCAGCUUCUGCAUCAAUAAUUGAGAGCAGGUCCAGCCUGCCUCAGGGUUCUCUAGCCCCAAGGACUCCCCCUCCUGUCCUAUGCUCUGAUCUUCCCCCAGCCGGAGCCUCCAGCCCAGAGCCCUGGUGGGGACCAUGUCCCCCGCCAUCGCACUGGCCUUCCUGCCACUGGUGGUGACAUUGCUGGUGCGGUACCGGCACUACUUCCGACUGCUGGUGCGCAUGGUCUUGCUGCGGAGCCUCCGAGACUGCCUGUCAGGGCUACGGGCUGAGGAGCGGGCCUUCAGCUAUGUGCUCACCCACGCCCUGCCUGGGGACCCCAGUCAUAUCCUCACCACCCUGGACCACUGGAGCAGCCACUGCGAGUACCUGGGCCACAUGGGGCCUGUCAAAGGUCAGAUCCUGACGCGACUGGUGGAGGAGAAGACCCCUGCGUGCGUGCUGGAGCUGGGCACCCACUUCGGGUAUUCCACACUGCUUCUUGCCCGUGCUCUGCCCCCUGGGGGCCGCCUUCUCACCGUGGAAUGGGACCCACGCAUGGCAGCAGUGGCUGAAAAACUCAUCCGCCUGGCUGGCUUUGACGAGCGCAUGGUGGAGCUCAUUGUGAGUAGCUCAGAGGAGGUGAUCCCAUGUCUACGAACCCAGUACCAGCUGAGUCGGGCAGACUUGGUGCUCCUGGCACACCGGCCCCGAUGUUACCUGCGAGACCUGCAGCUGCUGGAGGCCCAUGCCCUGCUGCCAGCUGGUGCUACUGUGUUGGCUGACCACGUGCUCUUCCCUGGUGCACCUCGCUUCCUGCAGUAUGCCAAGAACUGUGGCCGCUACCGCUGUCGCCUCCACCACACUGGCCUCCCAGACUUCCCUGCCAUCAAGGAUGGCAUAGCCCAGCUCACCUAUGCAGGGCCUGGCUGAGGUCCAGGCCCAGGGGUACUUACUGCUGCCCCUCCACCCCCAUCCAAACAAGGACCUCAGGACAUCUCCUCCCCUCUCUGCUUGUGGCCUGACACAUGCUGGGCUCAGGGAUGGGGAGGCUGUCCUCCCACCUUUGCCCUACUCCAGUUCCACACUGACGAGGCGUCAAGUUAGGUCAGACUGCUUGGUCUCACUGGCCCCUACCUAUCCUUCCAGAGAGACCUAUGGAUUAACAGGCAAGAGUCCUGAGCUCCCAACCCAACUCUAUCACUGAUUUUCUGGAUGACUCCAAGGGAAUCCCUGGGCUGCUCUGAGAUUUAAUCUGCUCUCCUAAUACCAACGAAGCUGUCUGGAAGAGCUCCAGGGGCCCCCCAUCUCUGAGACUCAGAAAGCCUGCCCUCCCCAGCCCAUGCAGUUCCAGGUGGGAUCAGAGGAAACAGAGAAGCUCUGAAGGAAUGUAUGGAUACAAGCUGGGCCAGAGGAAACGGACAUGAAGCCUGGGCCCAUGGCUAGGGCCACCCUGGCCUUGCUUAGCCCUGGACCACAUGGUCAGGUAGGCUUGCCUGAAGUCCCUUGUGUGCCCUCUUCCUAAAGCUCAAGAUGCUGGAUUCCUCUGCACCCCACCAACAAAUAGGGAAUAGACACGGGGGGAAAAAAUCAGUCCUGUGUCUUUAUUCAAGAGAGUUAGAAAGAGAUUAUACCUGGCAACCAAAGGGUGAGGUACUAGGCAGAAAGGUGGGUUGGGCUCAGGCCCUGGGGAAUCACGGGCAAACUGAUGGCCUGGGAGGAGCCAAGGAGACCAGUUCCUGGCAGCAGCUGAAGAGAUACCCAAGGGUGAGCUUUCAGGCACUGGGGCAAUCAGCUGGUUCUGCAGAGGAUGCAGGGUAAGUUGGGCUGGCCUGGAAUUUACCUGAGGCCACCCUGCCUUGUCUACCUAGAUCAUCCACUGGUCCUGAUCCUGUUCGUUGCCUUCCAUGUCCACCUGGAGAGAAGGCUGGGUGUGGGUGGGGAGGGGCCUCAGCCACCCAGCCAGCCCCAGUCCCAGAUCUUGCCCGUCUGGCACCAGAGUCUCUGUACCUCUUGGCCACCAAUUAGUUAGGUCAGGGGCAGGGGCCCUCCCCCACACCUCUACCUACCUCAUUGACCUCUCCAUCAUCUGGUGACUCAUUGUAGUCAUUCAUCUCAUCCAUGUCCUGCAUAUCCUCAUCAUCCUCUGAGUCCUCUUCACUAUCCUCGUCGUCAUCUUCAUCCUCUUCUUCUUCAUCAUCAUAGUGCUGGUGAGGCAGGGGAAAGACUAUAGGCCCUAUAAGAGUGCCUGGACCAGCUCAAGGUCCACUUGGAGCCAGUCUUUGGGGCCAGUGCAUGACCCUCCAUUCCCCAACCUUUCUCUGUUCCUUUGAGUCUAGCAGGCUGAUGCAUGUUCUAUAGGACCUUAGUGCUGGGUUCAAUGGCCACCACUCUACACCCUCUUUAUAGCCUCCAUCCAGAGCUGAACACCACAACCGCUCUGAGGUCAGAGGCAGGACCUUCAGAAGUAGAGCAGAGCUUUAGUCCACCUGGGCUCCACACAAGCCCUACCUGCUGGAACCACUCACCUCUGAGGCCGGCUUGCCAAUAGGUACCAGGUUGUUGUCUUUCUCUGCAAUACUCUGGAGCUGUAGCCAAAUCAGGUGGAGAGCAGAGUCAGAGCCUGAGCAGGACAGGUCAGGGACAUGAGACUGGCCUACUCUGCCCCUGAGAAGUCCCCUCAAGGGUGAAGCUUCCUUCCAGUUGCCAGAAAGAGCCAAUCUCUUUGUCUCUUAUCAUCUGCCACUUACUUAUAAACUCGAUCCAACUACGUCAACUCUCUUAGGAGGAAACUGUGGCCUCCUAAGAUGAUGGUGAGGGUAAAGUGAGAGACUAUCAGUCUAGAAUAAGGCACCUACUAGGACCUCAAUAAAGUCAAAAUUAUUAUUUCUUAUGUUUCAGAGGAAAGAGCCUUGGCCUCCAAUCUGGCUCAGAAGUCUCACGGGCCCACAGUAAGUCAGGGUAAUACAAAGAUGUGAAUCUAGGCCUCCUGCCUCCCAGCUUGAUUGUUCCCAGUUCAGGGCAAAAAGCUCCUCCAAGAGGCUCCACCACUGUGCUAGGUCCUUACUCACCCAGGCCUGAUGCUGUUGUUCUUGCUGCUGCAGCUCUGUCUCCUCCACACAGGGUCGAUCCAGAUUAAACCACAAUGUCUCAGUCACACGGGGGAAGAGUGAGGGAAACAAGGUGGACAUGGCUCCUAGACUGAGGUAAAGGGCCAGGUGAAUCCAGCUGUCAGAUGUGUUUGGUUUUGGGUUUUAUUUGGUUAUAGUUUGAUUUGGGGAUGGGGUGGAGUAGAAGGUAGCAGGGAAAUAGCUCUUCUCUGUGGGAAUCAAACAGACCUGGGUUUGAGUCCUGGCUCCACCACUUACUAGCUGUUUGACCUUGGCCAAGUCACUUAACCUCUAUGAGCCUCAGUUUCCUCAUCUGUAAAAUGGGGGGAAUAAUAACAAUUAUACCACCCUCA